GCGAGGCAAGCUGCAAUUUCAGAAAAUGGCAGAUCUUCCUGUCGACCGUUUGGAACCUGGACCACCUUUCACUUAUGUAGGUGUUGACUGCUUUGGGCCAUGGGAGAUAGCAACUCGGAAGACGCGUGGUGGUGCUGCUAAUUCGAAGAGGUGGGCCGCUCUCUUUACCUGUCUCACCACCCGGGGAAUACAUAUCGAAGUCCUUGAAGAGAUGAGUAGUUCUUCAUUCAUUAAUGCCUUUAAAAGAUUCACAUCUAUACGUGGACAAGUGAGGCAAAUUCGAUCAGAUUGCGGAACAAAUUUUGUAGGAGCAACAAAUGAACUAAAUAUAGAUACUAUUCGUGUGGACGAUGAUAAUAUUAAGGACUGUUUGUACAAGUCUGGAGUUACAUGGGUUUUCAAUGCACCGCAUUCUUCUCAUAUGGGCGGUAUAUGGGAGAGAAUGAUUGGCGUCACGAGACGAGUCCUUGAUUCAAUUCUUCUAGAGAACGUAAAGGGUGGACUCACACAUGAAGUACUAAUAACUCUUAUGGCAGAAGUGACAGCCAUCGUCAAUUCUAGACCAUUAGUUGAAGUUUCAACAGAUCCCGAGGACCCAAUUCCUCUUACUCCAGCAAUGCUUCUGACUCAGAAGCCUAAUUUGAUAACGAUUGAAAACACAUUUGAUAUGACCAAUAUGUAUAGAGCUCAGUGGAAAAGAGUCCAGGUACUGGCUGAUAUGUUUUGGAGGAAAUGGAGAGUCGAAUAUCUCCAGACAUUGCAAAAACGUCGCAAAUGGCAAACAGAAAAACGAGACAUUUCAAUUGGAGAUCUAGUAUUAUUGAAAGACAGUUCUGUUCAUAGAUGUAGUUGGCCUGUCGGCAUCAUAACUGACACUUUUCCAAGUCAAGACAAAAGAGUCCGCAAAGUAGCGUUGCGAAUCGUACGUAAAGAUGGCGAAAGAGUCUCAUACAUCCGUCCUAUAACCGAACUAGUUGUAUUAAUGGAAACUGAUUAAUAGUGAUAUAUAUAUAAUAUCAGACGGGGAGUGUAAUGUCACCGGCGCUCCAUAUGUACUUUUUUGGAAUUAUCGCUCUUUGUUAUGGAAUCCGUUCCAUGUCGGACAUUAACUGAAAUUGAAAUCUUGAGCCAACCACGGCUUUUUUACCAUCAUCCUGUAGAUGUAUUAAAGUUUGAAUAAUCUACUUUGGUUAUCUGUUACGCAAAAUCUAUGCACGAGGCA